AUGUCGUACGUCUUUGAGCACCUCGACUCUUGUCUCCCAGUAACCGCGACUCAAGUGGUUGAUAGUGCGGAUGGUAGGCUUAUUCUAAGUGGCUAUGGGCCAUAUCUACAACUGAUUGAUGAAGCCAGUGGUACACUACUGGAUCGAAUUCAAAUAUUUGAGAGAAACAGUGUACAUGGUAUUCAAGUUGCCAAGUUAACAUCAACGAAGUCCUCUAUCAAUGUUGCGAAUUUUCUCAUCUGGGGUGGGCAGUCUUUUCGACUGCUGAGGCUGGAGGUCGACCGUCAUGGAAUUGGCUCACUGUCCCCCCCUUCUAGCCCCGAGUGCGCCGCCCCUGACUGGAUUCUGUCUGCAAAUUUCUAUCGACCAGAGAACAAUGGUCUCAAUUCUUCCACAGCAAAUAGAGCAUGUCUGAUAACUGCUCAUAAUGUUCUGUUCGGGUUGGAAUUGGAAGAUGACUUUGUAACGUACCAGGCAGACCUCCGACUGCACCGGAUAGGAACGGGAUUGAAGUCAGUUCUAUAUUCCGCUGAUGUCUCAUGGCUAUCACCAGAACAGAUUCUAGUGGCUGCAGGAACGGUCUUUGGGGAAAUAGUUGUUUGGUCAUGUAUUCUACCUGCUGAGUCUGGGUCGAUCUUCUCUGGAGACUCUUCCGCUGUGAUACACCAUCUUUUCACUGGACACGAAGGGUCAAUUUUUGGAGUGGAUAUAUCGCCUGAAAUCCAGUGGCAGAAUGACAAUCAGACACGGAGAUUUCUGGCCAGCUGUAGCGACGACCGAACUAUACGGAUUUGGGAUAUAUCUGACUGUUCUUCGCCCGCUUCAACCAAAGCAAAUGCGAUGGCAACUCUAAGGCCCGCAACACGCUCCACUGGAUUUGGAAAUAUUUUCCGUGAUGAUUUGGACAUGGACCCCGAAGUCUGCAUUGCGAAGGCAUGGGGUCACGCCUCUAGAAUUUGGAGCGCGCGUUUUGUGGAUAUGGCUGUAUCGGGACAAACCGAGUUUUUAACACUCGUGUCUUUUGGCGAAGAUGCUACCUGUCAAGUUUGGGGGUUGAGAUUACAAAACGACUCGCCUAUAGGAGAGAACUUUUCUUCACAUAGGAAUGCAAUUCUUCAAAAUAUGUCAACCCAUGCCUAUCAUACGGGAAAGAAUAUUUGGUCCAUGGCAGUACAUAAAUCAUCGGAUCUGACGACUAUUUACACCGGAGGCGCCGACGGAAGUAUACACUCAUUCAGCAUUGGCACAAAUGAAGCUUCCUUUAAGCAUGGGACGCGGGUAGAGACAUACGAUAUAUAUGAUCUUUCCCUGCGUCUCCCUGGCUCCUUAGCUUCAAUGGCUGGUCCAAGGCGCAGACAAAAAUCGGAUGACAAGUUGAAUCGAUACUCUUUUGUUUCGGAAACUUGUAUCAUCGGGUUAUCUUCCCAUGGUACGAUGAACAUGGCUCAUAUUUCAGAUAUGAAAAGUAUGGAGCCUCAACAGAUCGAGCAGGAGGAUAUUCCAGCGAUCUCCUGGGAGAAUAUUGCACUUCUGGAUUCCCCCGCAUCUCAGUUUUCUAUUGCUGGCCAUCCAGAGCUAGGUAUAGGGAUUAUAGGUGACGUGAAAGGCACUCUCUGGUGGUACAUGAAUGACACCAGAGAAAUCCUUACAUUGACUCAGUUGAACAAGAAGAUAACAGGUAUAUUCUUCGCUUCCUCACAGACGGAAUAUUAUGAAAAGGAGAGCCCUAUAACCUCGCUCACCUUUGUCACGACAUCCAUGGGAACACCAAGCGCAAAUUUAUUCUUUAUCGGCGACAAAAGUUCACCUGAGGACUUUACGAACAUAGCCCUGGAUCUGCCGCCCACAUUCCUAACAACCAGUGCUGUUUUCAUUAAACACAGGUCGUGCUUAUUACUAGGGGCUAAAACUGGUCAUCUAAGUGUUUUUGACCUGAAAACUGCCAAAGCCUCUCACCCGGUCGUUCCAGCGCUCACCGUUUACAACGUACAUGCAAGGGACACUGUAACAUCAAUCACUGUGCUACAGCAAUAUCAUCCUCAGGACGAACGAAUUUUAACUACGGGAAGGGAUGGGUAUUAUUGCAUCCACUCACUAGCUAGGACCGGUGAUGGUAAUUCUCCCUGGACUCUCCAAACCAUUCACAAAUUGGCCCCACCAUUUGGACCCUAUAUCGAAGGCGGUUACUUUGACAAAGCCACGAACGACUUGAUACUCUUCGGGUUUAAAAGCACGGAGUUUAUCAUAUGGAAUGAGUCGACCCAAACUGAACGAACAGCGAUUGAAUGCGGCGGCGCUCAUCGGAUCUGGGCCUACAACCCAUAUCACGCGAAUGGUGCAUACGAGACUUUUGCAUGGACCAAAGCAUCUACCUUUAACUUGUUUAGAAAAACUUCCGUAUUACACCGUGCUGUGACGAUUGGUGCCCAUGGGCGAGAAAUUAAAGUAGCGGCUAUUUCGGAGGUUCUAUUCGAGGAUGGGGAAAGCAAACAUAGAAUUAUUGCCACGGGAGGGGAGGAUACUAUGAUUCGUAUAUCACUUCUCGACGAUGCGGUCUAUACCAGGUCGCGCGGCAGUUUGCGCUGCCUCCGAAAUUUGAAGAAGCACAAUGCCGGUAUCCAGCACCUACAAUGGUCACCAUGCGGGAAGCUUUUAUUCAGCAGUGCCGGAGCAGAAGAAUUCUAUGUCUGGAGACUUCGGUCAAUUCCCGGUUUCGGAAUGGGGACCAUUUGUGAAGGGGAAUGUCCCAAGACAGCAGAAGAUUCCGACCUACGGAUCACCAGUUUCGAUGUACUAAAGGUUUUCACUCAAGAAGACAUCGAGGAUUCGUUCGUACUCUGUUUAGCAUAUUCCAACUCAACUGUCAAGGUUUUCCACUACGUCUCCGGUCCUUCUGGUGGCUCGUUUAGGCUUCUGAGCAAAGGCCGAUACACAACUAACUGCCUUACACAAAUACAAUUCUCCAAAUCGACCUCAGGGUUAUCAUUGAUUACUGCAUCUACAGACGGACAUGUUGCCACAUGGGAAAUAUUCGAGAGCCUCAGCGAUAUGUAUUCUCUUGCUGACGAUAUUCCGAAAGAACUCCAAGGCAAGAAAACCCCCACAGAACCCCGGAUAAUCAGCUGGCAACAUCGGCACUGCAUCCAUCAGAGCAGCAUCAAAGCCAUGGAGAUAUCUUCUCUAUCUGACGGGGAGUAUCUAAUUGUGGCUGGUGGGGACGACAAUGCCAUCUCAAUUUCCCGCCUUAGAAUCGGUGCCACUGCGAAGUCGGACACGACCAAAAAUUCAUUCGCCACGAUUUCAUUACCUCAAGCACAUGCCUCAGCUAUAACUACCAUAUCUAUCCUAGAGAAAAAUACUCGGUUGGAAAGUAUGGACAGUCAAGUCUACCAAGUAUUCGGGUUCCUCAUCGCAUCGUCGGGAAACGACCAGCGACUUAAACUCUGGUCAAUCCAAUUGGACUCUACGAAACCUCGCGAGGACGGAAUUAGCGUGUCUCUACUGCAAGAUGUGUACACAGCAGUUGCAGAUAUGGCAUCUAUGGGCAGCUUCAGAAGCCAUAUCGGCAAGAGUGACGAUAAGGAGCAUGGAAAAUUAAAGGAUGGCUUAGUUCUCUGCGGAGUUGGGGUAGAUUUGUGGUCUUUGAGGAACAAAUAA